AUGCCGGAACAUACUGUACCAGUUUGCCUGAACGCUUCGGCCGAUGCGCCGGAAUGGUUGAACGAAAAGUAUGUCGAAAAGAUGUUGCGCUGUGCGUUUAAGGACACAUCUAUUAAGGUUCGCCAGCUGGAUAUAUGCUACGCCGUACCGAAAGGUAACAACUUUGCAAGCAUCAUCUAUCGUAUCGGUGUAACGUAUCACUCUAAGCAGCAGUACGAAACCACACGCACGUACAUCGUGAAGGGUAUGAUCACCGAGGGGAUCGCGGGCGAGAAACUCCGUCAGUACGAUGUUCAGCGUAAGGAGAUGGAUGCCUACCAGUUUGUGAUUUCCGAGCUGAAGCUUUUGAUGAAAUCGAUUGGAGAACCGGGUGAGCUGUAUCCAACCGCGCUAAUCGUGGACCGCAAACAGGAAGCGAUCAUGUUUAAGGAUCUCGCCCCGGAAGGUUACCGGAUGGUGGAUCGCACGCAGGGCAUGGACAUGGUACACAUGAAAAUGGCCAUCAAGCUGAUGGCGAAGAUGCACGCAGGUUCGCUGAAGUUACGACAGCAGCAACCAAACAUUUUCGAUCCCUACAACAUGUCGAUCGUAACGCGCGAAACGGACGCAUUCUAUCCGAUGUUUGUACACAUCUUCGAAGCGCUUACCGAUGAGGUCGGCCAAUGGGGCCCCGAAUGGCAGUACUAUCAUGCGAAACUGCAAAAGCUGGCACCUAAUUUUGUGGAGUACUCACAACGGGUGAUCGAUAACGAUCCUGCCAGUGAGGAUCUGUGUGUGUUCGUGCAGGGUGAUAUGUGGGUAAACAACUUCCUGUACAAGUAUGACGCGGAAGGUAAUCCGAUCGAUGCGGUACUGUUGGAUUUUCAGUACUGUUACUACGGUUCACCGAUGAUCGAUUUUUGCUACUUGUUCUACACCUCGGCCCGGGAUAACAUUAGACAGUGCUGUUUUGAUGAGCUGAUACAGUACUAUUACUACGAGCUGACAGGCUUUGCCAGGCGGUUGCAAUACGAUGGCAAACUGCCAACGCUUUACCAGUUUCUGCAGCAAUCGUACCGAAAAAUGUUCUACGCUGUAUACUCCACCUUCAUCGCACUACCGGUACAGAUGAAUGAAAAUACGGAAAAUGCCGAUUUCGAUGCGUUGAUGUGCAAUGACGAACGUGCCCUAAACUUUAAGCGAAUGAUAGUGGCGAACGAGAAGUAUCAUGCAAUUCUACGAGGUUUGCUACCACAGUUCGAUCGGAAGGGACUGUUGGACAAGUUGGAUUAG